AUGAUCCUCCAUUCGAUCUAUAUCCUCUCUGUGGGCCUCCUGUCAGUCGCCUUGGUCUCGGCAGAUAAUUUGGGUACCGCAAGCAAUGACUCUUCGCUUUGGGACAUGGUUCCGGACUGCGCCCGAACUUGUGUGAGCAACUUUAUCGAUGCGCAAUAUACGGAGAGUGGAUGCCAGGACUCGACGGAUAUAAAAUGUCUAUGCCGGCACAAAACCCCCAGUGGGCUGACACUAGGAGAAGCAGCUUUGAGUUGUACAUAUGCGCUGUGUGAUGACAAGACUAUGAAGGACGCCAAUGCCUAUCGAAUCUGCGACUCGGUGACCGGUGCUAUUUCAGAAACCCACGCCACAAUUACAGCAACCACGUUCCCUAAAAUGACCACCACAAAGACUCGGCAAGCAACAACGACAACGAAUAAAGAUAGCUUAACCUCAAAGACUGCAAAUGAAGCGCCGGGGAUAACUACAUUUGAUCCAACAACAACAACAUCAGACCCGAAAUCGACCUCAACCUCAGAUCAAGAUCUGAACUCGACGCCAAAAGCCACUAGCCUGGAACACUCUUCUUCAAGUCCCAGCCAAACGCAGACGUCGCCUAUAUCCACUAAUACAUCCGAGCCAGAGGGCAAUGGAGCCCAUCAUGGAGUUAGCGCGGGGACGGUCAUUGGCGUUUCGGUUGCAUCAGGUGUGGCUGGAUCUCUCUUAAUCGCCGUCGCCGUAUUUUUCUGUUGCAAGCGAUGGCGACAGCAGCGACGAAACUCAUCCGAGCCGGACUCGGAUUUUUUUGAAAUUGGAGGCACCAUGGCUGAACCUCCCGGGUUCUCAGAGGCAUCUUCCCGACGAUCCACACCAGAACCAGGCCCUGGCCCUGGGCCUUCUUUCAACCCUUCUAACAGGGAGCCAGAAAUUUCAGAGCCUCAGCGUAACUUCCAGCCAGGAUCGCAAUAUCCGCCGACAUUUGCGGCCUUCCCAACUACUUCUUCCUGGGAGCAGGUGGGGCAAAGGAAACGAGAACGUAUAGGAUUUGCUGUCAGCUCUGCUUCGGAUUGGGCAGAUUCACCGCGAUCGCAGGCAUCACAAGCCCCAUUCCCAGAUACGAUACCUAAUCAUGGGCCUGGGCUAUAUCCAAAACCUCUGAAAUGGAGCCACCGGCCAACUAGUGGGGAAACGCUCUUCGAAGAGGAAGAGGAGAAUCAAAUUCCGAGCAUCGUUGCGGCAGCAUAUCAAAAGCCUAGCAUGACCCAAAAACCAGGGUCUCCGCGCCUUAUGGCAGGAUUGCCGGCAAAUCCUCGAGCUCUGAAAGAGGGCUUUCCGGCAGAUAGAUUCCGUCGUGCCCCUGCAGGCCCUCAGUCAAACACCCACGAUGAUUCUCACUCUCAAUAUCCAAUUGGUAUUAAGCCCGUGUCCAGGGGAAGAACCCCAGCACCGCUCUAUAACCCAAAAAACAUACAGCGAGCCUCCUAUACCUCAAAUAGCAGCGGUACCCCAAACUAUAGUUCUGACUGUUCCCAAGACACAACAUCAAAUACACUCCUCACAACGCCGGGAAGGCCAGAUCCUAUAGCCCGAAAACCAUCACCAGGCACUGCAACACUGGCGCCCCCCCGCUGA